AUGGACCAAAAGAAUGUCAUCAGCCAACCAAUUGGUGCUGGUAUAACCAACCUAAGUGUGAACAAUCUGGCAAACAACGCGUUACUGGCUAACAACAUGGCAUUAGGAAAUAAUAUAGCUGCCAAUGGCAUAGCAGCGCUUGGCAAUGGCAUUGCUGGCAACACGAUAGCUGCUAAUACGAACGCAUUAAACGCAAACGCUAAUAGCCUUUCAUACGCUGGUCUCCCUAUAUCUGGGGUAGCGCCUAUUGGUUAUGGUGAUAUUGCUGUGGCUGGGGAAAUUCCAGUAGGUGGUUCCACGGGUGUUGCUGGCAAUGUACCAGUGAUUGGUUUUGUCACGUUCGAGGGCAACGUGCCAGCGGGUGGCACGGUCACACUGGCAAGCAAUUGUGGGAACAACCCUAUUUAUUGA